AUGGACGACCAAGAGGUCGGGCCGGGUGUCCAUCUGUUGCGGGGCAUGCUUGUCAUCGGCCGGGGAAAGCGGCUGACGACUCGUAAGGGCCGCCCGAUGAAGUGUAUUAGAGACAGACUGUUUACGCAGCGGGCCGUCGGCGGACUUGUCGUAUGCGCAAUGGGUGGUGACCAAGGAGGAAACGCCGACGUGGCUGGCAGGGUCGAGUAG